CUCCCAGGCAGAACCGCCUGUCACUCUCACACACACACACACACACAGACACGCGCAGCGACACGCGCUCCCCUCAGGCCGCCAUGGCCGCCCGCCGCUGAGCCCGGGCCGCGCCGGGUCCGUCCCGGUGGUCUCAACCCCCCUUCUCCCCCUCACCACCGCCCCCCCCCUCCCCCGUUCCGGUUCCGGGGUUCCGGUUCCCGGUUCCGGUUCCGGGUUCCGGGUCCCGUCCGGGUCCGGGCCGGCGGCGGCGGCGGCGGCGGUGGCGGGACCAGCGGCGGCGCAAAAUGGCGGACCUGGAGGCGGUGCUGGCAGACGUGAGCUACCUGAUGGCCAUGGAGAAGAGCCGCGCCGCGCCCGCCGCCCGCGCCAGCAAGAGGAUCCUCCUGCCCGAGCCCAGCAUCCGCAGCGUCAUGCAGAAGUACCUGGAGGACCGGGGAGAGGUGACGUUCGACAAGAUCUUCGCGCAGAAGAUCGGGUACCUGCUCUUCCGGGACUUUGCCUUUAACCAGGCAGAGGAAGCCAAACCCCUGAUGGAGUUUUAUGAGGAGAUCAAGAAGUACGAGAAGCUGGACUCGGAGGAGGAGCGAACCACUCGGAGCCGCCACAUCUUUGACCAUUACAUCAUGAAGGAGCUGCUGGCCUGCUCCCACCCCUUCUCCAAAAGUGCCACGGAGCAUGUCCAGAGCCGCCUGAGCAAGAAGCAGGUGCCCCCAGACCUCUUCCAGCCCUACAUCGAGGAGAUCUGCCAGAACCUGCGUGGGGGCAUCUUCCAGAAAUUCAUUGAGAGUGACAAGUUCACACGGUUCUGCCAGUGGAAGAACGUGGAGCUGAACAUCCAUCUCACCAUGAACGACUUCAGCGUUCACCGAAUCAUCGGCCGCGGUGGUUUUGGGGAGGUCUACGGCUGCCGGAAAGCGGACACGGGCAAAAUGUACGCCAUGAAGUGUUUGGACAAGAAACGCAUCAAGAUGAAGCAGGGCGAGACCCUGGCCCUCAACGAGCGCAUCAUGCUGUCCCUUGUCAGCACCGGGGACUGCCCGUUCAUCGUGUGCAUGUCGUACGCCUUCCACACACCCGACAAGCUCAGCUUCAUCCUCGACCUCAUGAACGGGGGGGACCUGCAUUAUCACCUCUCCCAGCACGGCGUCUUCUCAGAGGCAGAGAUGAGGUUCUACGCAGCCGAGAUCAUCCUGGGCCUGGAGCACAUGCACAGCCGCUUUGUGGUGUACCGCGACCUCAAGCCGGCAAACAUCCUCCUGGACGAGUUUGGGCACGUCCGCAUCUCAGACUUGGGCCUGGCCUGCGAUUUCUCCAAAAAGAAACCCCACGCCAGUGUGGGCACCCAUGGGUACAUGGCUCCAGAGGUGCUGCAGAAGGGAGUGGCGUACGACAGCAGUGCCGACUGGUUCUCGCUGGGCUGCAUGCUCUUCAAGCUGCUCCGGGGGCACAGCCCCUUUCGGCAGCACAAGACAAAGGACAAGCACGAGAUCGACCGUAUGACCCUCACCAUGGCCAUCGAGCUGCCGGAUUCUUUCUCCCCCGAGCUGCGCUCCCUGCUCGAGGGGCUGCUCCAGCGAGACGUCAACCGCCGCCUGGGCUGCAUGGGGCGCGGGGCUCAGGAGGUGAAGGAGGAGCCCUUCUUCAAGGGGCUGGACUGGCAGAUGGUUUUCCUGCAAAAGUACCCGCCGCCCCUGAUCCCACCCCGCGGCGAGGUGAACGCGGCCGACGCCUUCGACAUCGGUUCUUUCGAUGAGGAAGACACGAAGGGCAUCAAGCUCCUGGAGAGCGACCAGGAGCUGUACCGCAACUUCCCGCUCACCAUCUCGGAGCGGUGGCAGCAAGAGGUGACGGAAACGGUCUUCGAAGCCGUCAACGCCGACACCGACAAGCUGGAGGCUCGUAAAAAAGCCAAGAACAAGCAGCUGGGCCAUGAGGAGGAGUACGCCAUGGGCAAGGACUGCAUCAUGCACGGCUACAUGGCCAAGCUGGGCAACCCUUUCCUGACGCAGUGGCAACGCCGCUACUUCUACCUCUUCCCCAACCGCCUCGAGUGGCGCGGGGAGGGCGAGUCGCCGCAGUCCCUGCUCACCAUGGAGGAGAUUGACUCGGUGGAGGAGACGCAGGUGAAGGAGCGCAAGUGCAUCCUGCUCCGCAUCCGCGGCGGCAAGCAGUUCGUGCUGCAGUGCGAUAGUGACCCCGAGCUGGUGCAGUGGCGGAAGGAGCUGCGGGACGCCCAGCGCCAGGCGCAGCAGCUGCUGCAGCGGGUGCCGCGGAUGCAGAACAAACCCCGCUCGCCCGUGGUGGAGCUCAGCAAAGUGCCGUUCAUCCAGCGCUCCCCCAACGGGCUCUGACCCCAAACACACCCCCACCCCUUCCUCCUCCUCCUUCUCCUCCCCCCCUUCCCACCCCGCCUCUAAUUUAUUGGGUUGGGUUCCCGCGUGCCCCUCUCCCUUUUCGACAGCCCCGCACCCAGGCGUUGGACGGUGCCGGUUUCACCCGCUGGCGCCGGUGCUGCGGGCCCGUGGCGCGGCUCAGCACCUCGUGUGUGUGUGUGUGUGUUUGUCCCCCCUUCUUCACUCCUCUUCAAACUCUCCGGCUCAGAUGAAGGCAGCCCCUACCCCACCAAAAUUCCGUGCCCCCCUCCUCGCCGCUUCGCCACCGCUCUGUCUGUGUGUGCCAAAUCGGGACAGGUGGGUGCCCAGCUCCGGCCGGGCAGGGAACUGGCCAACUCAUUUCACUUGUAGCCUUUUGCCCACCUCCCUGCGAGCCGCUGUGCCCAGCGUCUGUGUGUGUGUGUGUGUGUGUGUGUGUGUGUGUGUGUGUGCCCGCCCAGGGGGACCCCCUGUAAAUACUGUGCCAUGGGUCCCCUCCCGUGCCCCCCCCCGCCACCUCCACCCCAAACUGUGCCCCUGCCAUCCCCACCUGCGUGGCUGAGGAGGAGGGAGCAGGUGGGGACACCCCCCCCACCCCAAAAUCGGCCUCCUGUGAUGCUGGGGGGGCGGGCAGGGUGCCCUCCCUACCCCCCCCCCCCCCAGUCCCUGGCAGCAUCUGUAAAUAUUGGUCUCGGGUCGGUCUGCUGAGGGGGCUGGGGGGGGGGGGGGGUGGGGGAAGAAGGAGGAGGGGAACACUGGGCAGGGCCAGGGCUGUUGUUGAAUGAGAUUUUAAUGAGCAAAGAUGUGAGAAUGCCAAAAAAAAAAAAAAAAAAAAGAGUUUUUAUAAUAAAAAU